UUAUGUAAAGUACUGUGUGGAGUGCGGGCUCCGAUUCCGGUCUCUCAGCGAGCAGUCAGACAGAAGAGCCCCGGUUACAGGACUGACUCAGAUCACAGCGAGCCCGACCGCCCGCCCGCCCGCGGACAGGAGAGGACCGCGGCCCGGCUGCAGCUCUGUAGCUCCGACUGUGCGAUUUUCUCAGAAAGCAUGUGAUGACCCAAGCCCGGAAAAAGGGUUCCCUCAGCCAGUGCCGUGGCGAGGGCCGCGACUAUGUAGAUGGCUGGUCCCAUGGUAAGACCAUGGGUAAAGCUUGGCCUGAGCGUUGCAUUAAAGAGCGCAAGGGUCUGAAGGGUGUGACCAAGCGGGGCAAGCAAAAGGGACAAGAGGACAUGGAACAAUGGCUCCAUCAAGGAUUUAAAAGUCGAGCCAGGCUAGAGCAAUCUCAAAACAAGAACAGAACUAAGAAGAAUGUGGCUAAGAAAGGCAAGGCAAAAGCAUCCAAGAAGUUGAGGGAGGAGAGGAACAGGAAGCUCUACCCGCUGCGAGGAAGGGGAAGCACACCAGAGGCCGAGGCCUUGAGUUGCCAUGUCCUACUCACCCGCCUGGAGGAGGAUGCUGUGGAACAGGGAAACGACUUAAGUGAUGAAGAUCCGAAUGUAAUUCGAGGAAGGAAUCGGAAAAAGAAGAGCAUCAAACCCAUCAAGAAGCUAGAAAAAGCCAAGAAGUCUGUAAACACACCAUCUAAAACGAAAUCAGAACCAACAGUUGAUACAAUUCUAGCUCAGGAGCCUCGCAAGCGUCGGCUUGCCUCACUUAAUGCGGAGGCGGUAAAUAGCUUGCUGCUGGAAAAAGCAGAUGCGCCAGUGGGCAGCAAACUUGCUAAGAAACAGCAGCAUGAGGCACCACCUGUUGCUAUUGCAACAGAUGAUGCAAAGAUUUGCUCCCUUUCUAAAAGGUCUCCUCAAGCCCACAGGACUGAAUCGUGCCAAAGCCACAAGCAGGCCAAGAAAAGUAAGUCUGAGGAGAAGGAUGACAGUGAACUGAUGACUCUGUACGCUCCUGCUCCUAGACGGCUUGCUGGACUUAAUGCUGCUGCCCUGUUGAAGCUCACAAGCUCCACGACAGGAAAUAAGCAGCGUGCGAAGACGGACAAGGACAAGGACAAGGAAACAACAACGGGAAAGCAGACUGCACGGUCUAAAACCAGGGUGCGGCAGUCUAAGGAGCAAGGCAUUAAACAGGCUCCACCACAAGGUGGUUGUGCAGUGUGUAAGAGCAGAGGAUGUUUAGAGUCCAAACCCAAGUGGAAAGAGGCAGCGGACCAUCACCGCCUAACCAAACAGGGGUACCAGUCUCGCAGUAUGUUGGGAUAUCCCCUUAAGGUGGUGAAAGAAGAGCAAAUGGAGACAGAUAUCAGUCCUCCUUACUUUUGCUGUCCUCCUGAGGGCUCAGUGGAAUACUGUCACAGGUUGGCGCUGUUCCUGGGGCAGAAGGCCUACAGUGAGACAGAGGAGCACCCUGUGACCACAGUGAAGCACGAAUGCCUGGUUCCUCCGUCUUCACUGGCACACCCGACCCUCACCCUUAGUGCCCACCCAUGCCUGUGUGCAGACCCCUGCUACUCUAGUUACUAUGUUCACAUUGCUCAUCCUGGGCCUCCUUCAGCAAGCCUAAGUACACAGCCUCUACCUUGUGCACACAGCUCCCUGUGUGCCCGUAGAGUCCCCGGGUCCAAGCUGCUCUCCUCUUCCGUCUCCCAUGCCUCAGGAAUUCCACACCCUGCCUUCUGCAAUUCGGUGGGGUCAGCCUGCUACAGCGAAGGCUGCAGGGUCGGCAGCUACGCGUUCAGUACUAUGCAGCCAGUCACCAGCAGGGCGUGCACUUAUACCACAGGCUGCUCCAACUGUAGCCAUCAAAUCAAAACAGAACGCUACUCUUCACCUCAAGGCGAUCACAAGACCUCACUGCUUGUGCCACCGGCCUUGCCCCUUUCUGGCUGCCCCUUGCCCAGGGUAAGCCCGUCAUCAACCGUUCUGCCGCGUCUUCUGUCCACCCUCUCAGACAACAGACAGACAGAGGUCAGGCCUCAAGGGCCUAAAAAAUGCCCCCAAAGCACCAAACCUCCCAAUGGCUCCACCGCUAAGGGGCAUUCAAAACUGUCUCAGAAACAGCCAGUGCCGAGCCCAGUAAGUGCCAAACAGCAGAAGAAGGCAAAUCGCCAUCGGACGACAAAUGGCUGGCGACCUUUUGGAGAACCUACAGAGAGAGAAGUCUUCAUUGCGGGAGAAGAUGAGACUGCGUUGCGACAGUGUUAUGAAGGAGUAGAGCGAGAUGGAGAAGUGAUUCGGAUCAGAGAUACUGUGCUGUUGCGCUCUGGACCAAGAAAGAAGUCUCUACCGUAUGUGGCCAAGAUAUCAGCUUUGUGGGAUGACCCCAAAACAGGAGAGCUGAUGAUGAGUCUGUUCUGGUACUAUCGACCUGAACACACACAGGGAGGCAGGGAUCCCAGCAUGCACUGUGAGAAUGAAAUAUUUGCUUCUCGGCAUCAAGAUGAAAACAGUGUGGCCUGUAUUGAGGACAGAUGCUAUGUUUUGCCGUUAGCACAGUACUGUAGAUUUUGUGCCUUGGUAAAGCGCCGAUCAGAGGGCGUACCCGACAGCACCCCAGUGGUGCCCCGCCCCUCCGACAGUGCCAUCCCCUCUCACCGACUUGUGCCCGACGAUGUUGACCCUGAGCUGGUUUACCUGUGUCGCCACGUCUACGACUUCCGUUACGGCCGCAUACUGAAGAACCUGCAGUAAAGGUGCAAGACUGGUCAUGGAGAACACACACCUGCACCUCACACACAAUGAAGGACCUCCGUAAUGAGAGGAUCUGUGUGUGAAACCUAUUGGUCUCCGGUUUUUGUUCUCAUCAUCGUAAUUUAUUGUUGGGAAGAGAGGUUUUUAUUUGAUUUAGGAGUAAAGUGAGGUUAGGAGAGUGUGGUUAGCCACUGAAGGAACAUCUCUCAUAUAUCAUUACUAUAAAAAAAUGUGAGAUUUUUGGGAAUGAUUUAAUCAAACACUUGUCUCCACAUUCCUAGUAGUGGCAUUAUCUAAGGCUAGUACUAUAGAAGAAGGAAGAACGACAGCUUCAUUUCACUUUUCCUCAACCAUAUUUUAAAUGUAGGCUAGUUCUUAUAUCAGUACAUCAUGUUGUACUGCAUAGAAGGCAAGAAGUUGCGGUGUGGGUUUGUUUUUUUUAUUUAGAUUUUUUUUAUUUGUUUAUAUUAAUAUCUCUUCAGUGAUUUGUCUUUUACACUGGACUGUGACACUGGUGAGUUAGAUCAGCUGCAAUUUCAGAUUAUGAGCAUAAACAAAAAAUCCUUUUUUAUUGGAGGUUGACUUACAGCAGGACAAAUCUGCAUUCAGCUCAAAUUUCUCUAAAGCAGAGUCUAGACUGACUUAUUUUGAAUGGAGAGAACAAGAGGAAGUGGACAAAUCAUGUUUUCGGUUCUCUUCCUCAUGUUGUUUCUUUAUGAGGGAAUAUAUACUCCACUUUUUAAUUCUGGUUUUACUAUUCAAACAGUUGAUUAUUUAGUGGAGGAGAAGAUGAACCUCCUGCCCACAGUGAAAUGUCAUUUAGUGGAGUUGUCCUCUCUUUCCAUUCUUCUUUGUCUUGCCUUAUUACAUGCAGGUAGCUUUGUAGGCAGCUAGUUGUACCCAAUCCUCUAAGAAUAUUCACUCCAGUAAUCAAAUAAACCAAAGGUCAGCACAGUGUUAAUCCCCAUUCUCACUAGUUAAGACCCCAGUAUCUACCUGUGCUCUCUAAUAGUGUAGAUCAGAGGAAGUGAUUCAUGUUUUUUUGUUUUUGUUUUGUUUUGUUUUUUAGGAAAGGUUUUAUAAUAUAUUGAAUUGAGACACUCAAGACUUAUAACAAAUAUAUUUUGAAUAUUUAUUUGGCAAAGUCCUGCCUGUACCCAUUUCCCCUUGCUUUUAGUAACCCUAGUGAAAUUGCACUAAUCCAUUCCUUUAUUUGUUUUUCCUUUCUCUCACUUUGCUGCUUGUUUUACUUUCCUUUUUAACCCGUGGCUCAGAUUCUACCAACACUGUUCAGAGCAGUGAUUUAAUCAGCAAGAAAACCUGCAAGAAAGAAAACAUCUUGCAGCAUAUGUUUUAAUGUAGAGCAGAAAAAGAGCAAAUCUCUACAUAUUUUAGGCAUGGCAACUAGCAGCCAUGCAGCCCUGCAGUUUACAUUACUCUGAAAGGGUCCAGUACAAAAUCAUUCAAAAUCAUACAAAAUAUCAUUCCAGAUCUUCAGAAAGAAAUAUAAUUCCACAGCAGUAUACCCAUGUUGUCUGUCUGUUUAGUCUUUUGUAAGUUUACCUGGCCACAUAUAUAAUUUCUGAAGAUCUGGAAUCUUAUACUUAAUUGCGAACACUCUAGCCUAAUAACAGAGUCAGCGUCCUGUCAGGCCAGGAUUACACCAGUCUCUUGUCUGUUUUUGCCCACUCUUUCAUUAACUGAGUGCACAUUUCAGCAUUUCACCUGGGAUUAAGGUCUGCCGAUUCUGCUGAUCAGUCAGAGCGUCCCACAGUUCCAUCAUGUCUAUUGAACUGCACACACAGAGACACUCUUCUGUGAAAAGGGACUGCCAGUAUUGUGUUCUGCUCGGAAAUGAAGCACACGUUAGUGAUAGAGGGCAAAUAAAUGGGUAUAUUUUAUUUCAAAGACUGCUAAUUGAUGUUGAAGGAAUGUUAUAUUGAGUCUUAGAGAGUAAUUAAGAUUACGUUCACAUUACAGACCUCGAUAAUCAAUUCAGAUUUUUUGCUCAGGCCGGAUUUGGCUAGCUUGACGGACGAUUUUUAUUCAUAACUGUCAGGCUAUGUUCAGACAGUAAGCAAAUCAGAUUUGUUUCUCAAAUUACGUGUGUUGAGAUGACUGUAUGGACUAUUACCUUGACAUGAUCAGAUCAGUUUUGCUUGUCCAGACAUCACAAACACAUCUGCUCGGUAAGCUGUGGUCAAAUUCGCCAUCAGUAAGUAACCUUCCAGUACUUUGAAUUUGUAUGUAUUUAAUGCUGCAGGCCAAAGCACAAGUAGAAGAGACCAGAGGGCCAGGUACCUGCCAGUUGAUUGCGUGAUUGACUGCAAUAGAAAAUGAUUGACACAUCCUCUGUCCUUUGCUUACAAAGACCAAUUGGUGCUGUAGCCUGCAGCAUUGCACACAUUUGGAACCUCCAAAUCCACAUUAGAAAAAAUCUGAUUUCAAGUGGUGUCUAGAUGUCCAGACUAUUAUAAAUACGAUGGCCUACAAGGCCAAAAAUCAAUAGGCUCUUUCAUACUUGAUGGCAAUAGUCAAAGCCAGAUCAGCUCCAAGAGCUUUUUUAGCUUCCACCAUCCCUCAAAUCCCACAGAAGAAAGACAGGCUGAUUUUUUUCUCUGUCCUGCACCAAGGUGGUGGAACAAACUGCCACUUGGCUGUCAGAUCAGCACAGUCACUCGCUGUCACACUGAAUGAAGACUCGUCUUUUUAAAUAGUUCCUAAACUAACACUUUCUGAUACUAGUCACAAACUAGCUAUUAGAGUUGCACCGAACGUUUAAUGCUUUUUCAAUACUAUGUCGUCACAAACGAUUCGGUUAUUUAGCGUCCAAGCUUUCAAUACUGUGUAAAGCCCAGUUCCUAGCUUCAAAGGAGUCAAAUUAGUAGGUGCGAUUUGAUUCACUUCAUAAGAAAACUGAUUCACACUGCAGCCGGUAUGGCAGAAUCAAGGUUAACCUAGUAUUCUUGAACAAAUGAAUCAAUUGCCGAGUAUUCAUUUGACUCAGUUGAGCGACACACGCAAGCCAGCAGCGCGAGAGCAGAGCCGCAGCGCACGUAGAAUGACUGCGACUAAAAUAAAAGUCAUUCUCUCUCGUUCGAGACUUGUGGAUAAAACAGGCUCGAGGAGUGAAGUCUGGGCAUGUUUCGCUUAUAUCGCUGAUGAAGACGGAAACCCAACCAACAGCACAAACCCAGUUUACAAACAGUGUAACAGAUAUCUCCAGAGCAAAGGAUGAAACGCGAGCACGAGCUCAGCAUUUAGUGGACAAGCACCCUGAUCUCAGAGAGCUGAGAGGUUAGUGAAGUUAGUUAAGAUUCACUCUGUAGCUUUACUAAGAUUUACUAGCAACUGCUAAUCCAAGCAUCAGGGAUAAGCUAGACAACCAUCUUGCUCUGUGAACUUGAGACGUUCACAUUUGUACGUUUCCAUCGCAAACUUGAUGUCAGUCACGUAGCCUGCUUGAUUGUUAAGUGAACGUGGGCUUAUUUUAAACGGUAACAUGUUAAUUAAUAAAACGGAGCAAUUUUAUCACAGUAAACAUCAAAGCACUGUAUGUCUGCGUCUGCUAAAUACCUUUUAUAUAUACCUGUUUUGACUGUAAAAAUCAAUCUGAUUUGGGGUAGCAGUCUGAACAUAGUCUGAUUAACCUGUAUCUGUCCAUAACCUAAACAAAUCUGUUCCAGGAACAUCACAAAUGUGCACAUUAAUAUGUUUAUGCAUGUCAUCUCUGCAGAGAUGUUCUUAAUGGAGACUAGUCAUCUUCUUAAAAUAUGACUUUGAGUGUUCCUAAUGCUCAACAUAGUGUCUGUUUACAGAUAAAGUCCACCUCUCAAAGCGACCACACAGCCCUGAAGAAAUCAGACCUGUGAUAGAUAAACGCAAAAUAUCAGAUUUGUGUCACUACAUCCUGGUAAUGUGAACGUAGUCUUGUAACAUGUAUGUAACAGCUUCCAGAGAGCUUUAUCGUAUUUUACAGUGUCACAUACCAGUCGACAUGUGAGUUAAGCAGUGAUAACUAGCUUAUAACUGAAGAAGGAAGGACAAUCCUUCUUAAAAUUGUUUGUAUCUGCAAUACAUGAUUAUGUUAGCAAGUCUAUGCAUUUAAAUGCUAAUCUUCCUCUGUGGCUCUCUUCUAUGUUCUAGAUGUGGAGUUUAUUUUAUUAUUAUCAGAUUUAGGUGGCAGGAAGUCAUAUUUACACUCUCUAAAUAGCCUUCAUGAUCAGCUCAUGUAAAUGAACAUUCCUUCAUUUACAAUCCUUGAAUUAUAAAGAAUAUUUGUAUGCUAUGAAUUGAGUUGAUUGAAUCAGAGCCUGCGCUACGAGAUAUCAGAUAUCGUCCUUUAAGCACUAAAUGAAAAAAAAAAGAAAAGAAUCAACUCUCCUCUGGUAAAUGUGGCACCUUCCGUAAGUGUGUUUACUUGUAAUCAAAGGAAAGCUUCUGGCUGUUUGAAAUCAUUUCCCAUGCCUGAAAUCUCUACAUCGACAGGAAUGCUCUGAUAUUUAUUUAUGUAGUUUUGUUUCAUAAACCUCUAACCCUAAACCAUAUCCAUACUUAUAUAUUAAUUAUUCAAAUGUUGAAAUGGUGUACAGUGGUACUAGAAUUUCUGCUUUAAGAUAGAUUAGAUGGCUUUCCAACGUUACUAUAUAUAUAGUAUAUAUAAGUGUACGUUCUAAUGUGUGCAGAAUACCUAGAACUUGUUUCAUUCCAUUGCAUCAUUGGCACAGAUGUUGCUGCAGUUAUUACGUGAUCAGCAGGUCUUCUUUAAAAACGAUUCAAAUGAUAAUAUUGUGGUUUAAAUGAAGCGAGAAGUUUUUGAUCCCGUAUUUGUAAACAAAAGGUUUCUCUGUUUUUCAAUUUCUCCUGGAAACAUGAGAUAUUUUAUUAAGUCUAUUUCUAAAAGUAGAAUAUGCAAUAUAUUUUUGGGACUAUUUUUGAGGAGUCUAUUUAAAUCAAAGUCCUUCUAUUGUUUUAUCGAAUUAAAGCUUGUUUUGAUGUGGAUCAUAAAUUAAAAUUGAUAACCAAAUAGGCAUGAGCUAAAACAUGGACAGUGUUUAAUUUUAUAAUUUUUAUUAGGGUAGAAUCCAAAGGUAUGGAUUACUUGAGAGCCAUCAAUGGAAAAAAUAUGUACAUAUAUUGAUUAUUGAAGAAUUGCCAGGCCAUCUUUCAAAUGAGAUAAAUGAGAUGUUGCACAAUAUGUUUUUAGUACUUACGAGACAUGUAACUAUAUUUAAAGAGGUUAUUUAACAUUUGAGUAUACAAGCUAUAUAGAUUAUCUAUCUAUAUUUCAAGUAACAAGUCAUCUUAGUUGAUAAGUAUUUUGAAGUGCUGUUGCAAUACUUGUGGUCAAUGAGCGCCUUUUUUUAAUUGUUUGUUUGAUUUGUUUAUUUAAGUUAUGAAGUCUUCGGUAAAAUAGCUAAAAGCUGCAGUUGUUGUAUUUAUGGAGACUUGAGAUGGCAUCAAGGGGUAAAGACCAAAGCACACUCUUCUACUGGUGCCCCUUUUAUGUGUAUAUGGCAUAAACGUGGGGCGGCCUCAGCAACUAGUAAGUGUACAGUACUGCUGCUGUCAUUGCAGAGCGAUUUCUGUCAACAUACCUUAGUCACAUAGGUACUUGAAUUAUCAGUUGCUGUGAAUCUGUUUCAUAGUAUCAUAUAUGACGUACAUAAUACAUGUGGCCUUUUCCCGUUCGCUGUAAGUUGUUUGGUUUGCAGGAAACAAGCCAAAUCUCAUUAAGUUACUCUUGUAAGUGGUAGGAUAAGUAUGUCAACUGUCAUACUUAACAUACUGUAUUGACCAAGAACAGCAGGUGGCAGCCAUUGUCACUGCACUACACUACUGGUUUUCUGGUCAUAGAGGGAUAAUGAGUCUGCUGUUAUUUCCUUGUUUUUGUCUUUGACUUUUUCUAUUGACUUUUCCUGAAACAUCUGUUUGAUGUGAUAUCGGUUGACCUCUGCAGUGAGUCUCCCGUAGUCUUUGAGAGGCUUCUUAAACAGUAGACUGACUACCAGCAUGUGCCAGAUAGACCCUCAGAGCUGAAAGGCUCUACAUGGGUAGCCCACACUUGGAUCACUUCAGAAGAGUGGUUUACUCACCACAUCAUGAUGGAGCUCGGUCUAAAUCUUUAUCAAGCAACUAAAGCCUUAUCCGGGUGGGAUUAGUUUCUCAGGGGGACGUCUGUGAAAAAUAUGUCACACUUCUACUCAGUGAUAAAUCUAUUUCAUCCAGACUGCAACUGAAAAAAAAAACAGGAGGACCAGUGAGUUUCUUGGACACAUGACAUCACGUUCAGUAGCUCCUCCUUUUCCACUCGCUGUUGUGUUUACGUGGAUCUCCGUGAAAACACACACACAAAGUGUAAUUACGGUGCGUGGCAGCGGACAAAUAGCUAUUUUAUUAAACGUGAAGAGACGAAACUCAAGAUGUGGAUCCGGACGAGACUAAAAUUAUCGGAGGACCACGGAGUUAAAACAGUAGAUAAUUCAGCCUGUAAUUUUCUCAGAGAACGUCUAAGAAAAACACAUACAUGGUGGUUCCGGACGGGAAUAAACUCACAGAGGACCCCCAUAAAAGAGGAAAUUACCACAGUACCCCCUGGAAAAAACGAAUCCUCUCCAGAUAGGGCUUAAGAUCUAAUCUUUAGACCCCUCUUUUUCUAUAAGAAGAGCAGAAGUGGGAAUUAAGCCCCAAAUCAAGUGUUUCUUGGUGGCCAUGAUGUUAAGUUAGAUGUUGCAUGGCUGUAUAAAUGCUUAAAGUCAUGAAAUCCCUCUAUAUCACAGAGCUUGACCACUUCUUUGCAAUGAAAUAAUUGUUGAUGUGGUUUUGUUUGAUUCAGAAUUCCUUUCAAAACAUAACCACAAUGACCAAAAACAAGAGGCGUUUUGGUUUUUUUAAUUCCCCUAUCAAGACCAAUAUUAAUAUAUGAUUAUUGUUUUUUUUCUUUGUGUUAUUAGGUUAGUGCUUAUGGCUAACAUAUAUUUUAAUAGAAUGGGAGAGUGAAUAAAAUGUUAUUUUUGAAUGGGGAUGGGGGUGGGUUGGGGUAUGUUUUAAUCAGAUCAUUUAUGUUGCUUUGUCAUGCACUCUUUGUUUGUUGUAUGUUUUUGUUUUUUUUAAUGACAACAAGAAUCCCUGCUGAUUAUUGUUCAAAUGAAAGAGUAUUUAUAAAACAUGCUUUUGUUAAAA